AAAAACCCCUUUGAGUUCAUCAAGCAUCUCCAAGGAUGUCACAAAGGGGACAAGGUCAAGGGCCUCCAGGAGCUCAAGCAAUACCUCGAAAAAUUUGGGUACUUAAACUAUAACCAAUCCAACCUCCAAGGCCACGCCGACGAUGAGGACUUUGAUGAGCUUUUGGAGUCCGCCGUCAAGACCUACCAACUAAACUACCACAUGAAGGUCACCGGGAACUUAGAUUCCCAAACGGUGGCUAUGAUGACGACGCCUCGGUGUGGCGUGGCGGACAUCGUCAACGGCACCUCGCGGAUGCGGUCCGGCAAGAGAACGACCCACCACGGCUCGAAUAAAUUCCACACCGUUGGCCACUUCACUUUCUUCGAUGGAAGUCCCAAAUGGCCAUCCUCAAAGUACCACCUCACCUAUGCCUUAGAUCCUGGGACCCAGGACGACGUGUUAGGCCCCGUCUCGCGGGCUUUCAAGACGUGGGCUUCUGCAACGCACUUCACAUUCUCCCAAUCCCAAAACUAUGAGUCCGCGGACAUCAAGAUUGCGUUUGCGAGGAGGGACCAUGGCGACGGCGCCCCAUUCGACGGCCCCAGUGGAGUCAUAGCCCACGCGUUUCAACCGACCAUCGGUGUGUUCCACUACGACGGGGACGAGCCGUGGUCCGUGGUUCCUUCCUACGACUUGGAGACCGUGGCUUUGCAUGAGAUCGGCCAUCUUCUUGGGUUAGGGCAUAGCUCAGUCGCGGGUGCCAUAAUGUAUCCCAGCAUAAGUCCCGGAGUCAGCAAGGGCUUGCAUGGCGAUGAUGUUCAGGGAAUCAAAACCUUGUACGGCGUUUGACUAGGUUACAGUAUAUAUUCUAUCUUUCACUUGAGCAUAUUAAGUGGAGGAUGUUUAGGCUCUGAACGUUACUAAAAUAAUUGACUUGGCUAAGUCACGCGUGUUUUUUAGGCCAUUACGAGGGUGUAAACUCAACAAUUAAUCAUAAUGUCGUCAAUCAUUACAUCAA